CCCCCCCGGACCUGAGUGGGACGACCCCCCCUGGUCCUGAGUGUGUCCGGUAACACCCCGCCCGGAGAAGCGGACGGAUGUCCGGGGACGACCAGCCCUCAGGUCCAGACCUGAGGACCCUGUGGUCUCCUGGGUCCCCCCAGGACCUAGUCUCCCCACCAUGUCCUCCUGCUCCUCCACACCUCCUCAGUGCCUCCCAGGGGCCCCAGUACAGCCCCCUGGGGCCCCAGUACAGCCCCCUGGGCCCGCCCCGGACCCUGGCCUGCCCCAGCAUCCACAUCACUGCCAUCGCUCCCUUCAGCCACCUGGAGCUGAGCGGCUCCCGGGGGAUGGAGGAUCCCCCGGGGCCCGAGGACCCCCUGGGGCCGCUUGGCCCGGAGCAGGCCUGGCUGUCCCUGGGGCCGUGCUACCGGGACUCGGCCCUGAGCCCCAGCCCCUGCAGCAGCCUGUCCUCGCGCUCCUGGCUGUCGGACCUGUCCUCUUGCGAGUCCUUCUCCCACGUCUACGACGACGUGGAGGGCGAGCUGGAGGAGGCGGCGGCCCGCUGUGGCCUGGCCUCCCCCCGGGCCUCCCCCCGGGCCUCCCCCCGGGCCUCCCCCCGGGCCUCCCCCCGGGCCUCCCCAACCCCAGGCUGGGGGGCGGGGUUUGGGGUAGAGCUGUGGCAGCAGCAGUACCAGCAGCCCUCCCCCGGCCCCUCCCCCCGCUCCAGCGUGACAGAGGAGACCUGGCUGACGCAGCUCCCCCCCUCCAGACCCGCCUCCAGACCCACCUCCAGACCCACCUCCCCCUGCGGCAAGAGACGCCAUUCCGGUGGCGUUGAUGUCCGGACCCGCUCCCCCUCGCCGCUCUGCCCCCCCGCCCCUCUCUGCUCCCCCGCCCCUCUCUGCUCCCCCGGCCCCGCACCCCCGGAGCAGUCAUGGCCCGCUAGUCCUCUGCCCUACGGCCUCCAGGAGCUCAACGUGCCCUCCAAGACCAGGAGGACCUCAGGGAGCCAGGCGGACCCCCCCCCCGGGCAGACCCCCUGUCUAGAGGAGGACCUGGACCGGGUCCUGGACUCCCCCCCCGGGCAGACCCCCGGGCUGGAGGACGUCCUGGACCGGGUCCUGGCGGCGCUUCCCUUCCUGGACCCCCCCGGAACCCAGACCCCUCCCUCAGAACUCUUCCUCCCGGUUCCUCCCAGCAUCAGAUGGACCAAUCAGAGAGCUUCAGGCGGCCCGCCUCUCUUCAGCCCCUCCUCCCCACCCCCUCUGGACUGGCCCCUGCCCUGCUCCUGGGGCCCCGUGGAGCUGCAGCUGGUCCGGGGGCCCCGGCCCUUCCACCGCGCCCACUACGAGACGGAGGGCAGCCGGGGGGCCGUCAGGACGGCUUCUGGAGGACAUCCCGUCGUCAAGCUCCAGGGCUACUCGGAGCAGGCCCUGGUGGUCCAGGUGUUCAUGGCCACUGCGGAGGAGACGCCCCUGAGGCCACACCCCUUCUACCAGGUCCACCGCGUCACGGGGAAGAGCGUCACCACCGCCUGCCGCGAGAUCACGCUGGAUGGUACCAGGGUCCUGGAGGUCCCCCUCCUCCCGGAGCACGACAUGACCGCCAGCCUGGACUGCGUGGGGAUCCUGAAGCUGCGGAACGCCGACAUCGAGCUUCGGAAGGGUGACCUGGGCCGCAGGAACACCCGGGUCCGGGUGGGGUACCGCGUCCACGUCCCCCAGCUGCACGGCAACGUGCUCUGUCUGCAGACGGCGUCCGUCCCCAUCGAGUGCUCCCAGCGCCUGGCCCUAGAGCUGCCCCAGGUGGUGGACUUCAGCCCGGCCAGCGGCUCCGUUGGAGAGGAGAUGAGCAUCAGAGGAACCAACAUCUCCUCCCACUCCAGAGUCAUCUUCGCCCACAGAGAACCUGACGGGCCGUGCCAGUGGGAGGCGGAGGCGUCGCUGGUCCCAGAGAGGAGCAGUGAGUCCGUCCUGGUGGUGAGGAUCCCUCCAUACCAUAAUACUCAGGCCAGAGGGGCCGUGCUGGUGCACUUCUACGUGUCCAAUGGGAAGAAGAGGCGGAGUCAGAGCCACAGCUUUACGUACCUCAACUCCGCCCCGCAUCACUUCCUGUCCCCGGAGGACCCCCCCGCGGCCCCGCUGGUCAAACAGGAAGGCUGGGACUACAUCCCCCACAAUGCCCUGGUGCUCCAGGAACCCUUUCACCCACAUGGGCCUUUCUACGAGGCCCAAGGGGAUUAUGGGUCGUCACUUCACCCGACCCUAGGCUCCUCCCCCAUCCGGCCACUCCCACCACCGUUUAGUUUUGCCAUGACGACAGCCUAUCCUACAGCAGCCGCUUUGCCUUUCGCUAACCAAUCAGAUCCUCUCCUGCGGUACGGACCCCCGGUGCCGGCCCCGCCUCUCAGGGGCCCUCCCCCUUCUACUACAGUUCCACCAGUCACCCGUCUAGUGGGGAGGGGCUACUGGGAGGACACCCCGCCCCCCCACUCCCUCUUCUGUCAGGGGGGGGGGCCGGUCCGGGUGAAACAGGAAGUGGAGGAGAGCCUUCAGGAAUUCACGCUGGACGAAGUGAACGAGCUCAUCGACCGGGACUUCUUUGGGCUGGGCGAGGCGACGGACCAGAAGCCCAGCGACGCCAGUGGCCUGCAGUGACUCACUCCUCCCCUUCCUCCAAAGCACUCAGUAUAACAGACGGUCUGCAGGGUGACGCUCACACACUCAAAGACCAGCUAACCAGACCAGCUCACCAGACCAGACAUCAGCUAGCAUGCAGAGCUCCGCUGAAAGAGCUCAUCUCAGGGUCAAUGGGAACCUCUGAGUGAUUGGCCUGAAAAUAGCUCCUAUUUAUUCCUCUUAAAUCGAGUUUAGAUCGUCCAGGCAAUCCCACACUUUUGGUUUGACAGUUUACAACGGUUGUGUGUAGUUUUAAGAAGGAAGAGUUUGGUUUGAGGUUGUAUGUUCUGUGUGAAACCGUUUGCAAAGAAUGCUUUAAAACGAUCCAGAUGCGUUUAAACUGUAAUGCCCCCUAAAACCCUUACAAUCACAAUUCUCAGAACAGAUUUCAGUGCCUUUUAGGUGAAGGUGGCAGUGAGUGUGAACACCGGAUAGAGGCGUUGUGUCACUCAGCUUUAAUACAGGUUGUUUUUCAGGGUAUUUGUUGUAAUAAAACGGUGUCUUCCUUUUUAAAAGAUCCUGCUGGUCUAGUGAAUCACUGCUGUCUACUGCACUAGGCAUGAGUUUAAAGUUAUAUUUCAUUGAUUUGAGUGUCAAAUGACAAAUUAACAUUAUUUGGUGAAAAAUCAAUGCUUUCAGACUGUAUGAUGAAUACAUUUGUUUAUUAGAAAACUCCACAUUCACGUGUCUAGACCGAUAAACCCGGGCCUUCUGUUGACACUAGCUUCAGUCUUCCCUGAGCAAACAGCAGCAU